GCGUCCAUUUGGAUAACCAUAACGUCGUUUGUUUUUGUUUACUUGUCAGUUGUCUAGGAUUUUCCUUUUUUUCUUUUUGGUGGUGUCAAGUUUUGAUGUCUCCGUUGCCGAAAGGUGAAGUCCGCCUGUAUUUCGUCCUUUGGUCAUGUUGCUUCCUCUACGCCAUGCUCAAGGUGCACGAGGGUGGAAACCUGUUGAAAAGCGCCAUGUACUCCGGCGAUUUUUCACCCGGUUGGCCAAUUUUCCAGAGGGAAAAAGACGUUUCAGAUUUCGAGUGGUUCCUGUGGACGGGGCUUUGUUUUAAGCUCCUCCCUUGGUUUGGCCUGCACUUGUUUUUAUGCGAACUUAUGAGGCGGAUCGACAGCGAAGCCCUUCCCAUCCUACAUUUCACACUGACCAUUUCUUUCGUCUCAUUCUCUUUCCCGCUUCUUUUCCCUUUGAUUUUAAUUUUCCAAUUUUCAGUUUUUUUCGUCGUCAUGAUAUUCGGGAGCAGGGCGUUUGUCUGGACUCUCGGAGUCACUUUUAUUAUCUUGAUAAACCUCAAUUAUAACACCUUGGGCAGAUUGCUCCAGUUGAGUGAAGAGGAGGUCUCAUUGGUCGCAGUCGCAUGGAGCUGGUUUCACAUCAGAUGCAUAGAUUUUGCUCUGUCUGAAGUCCAUUCUUGCGAAAGCACCGUCAAAAAAUUUCUAUCUUUCCUCGGUUUUGUAUUCUACUUGCCAUGUUUCUUACUCGGCCCUCUCAUCCCUUAUAAGACAUUUAAAGAAAAUCUAUUCUGUCCAUAUAAGCCAUGGACUUUUGACAGGGGUGCCGUCUUGGCGUUUGAUUUGUUCCGAGUGCUCGUCUGGUACGUUGUUUACGAAGCGGGCUCUCAUUUCUUUUACUGCCAUGCGAUGCAUUACCACAUCGAUGAGUUGGUCAGGCUGGGGUUGUGGACGGUCGGCGGCGUCGGGCUGUGCAUGUCUCAGUUUUUCUUUAUUAAGUAUGUCGUCUUGUACGGGUUUUCGAUUGCGAUAGCCAAAGCGGAACGAUACGACGCCCCUCCUACGCCUAGGUGCGUUAACAGGAUCUAUUUAUAUUCCGACAUGUGGAGGCAUUUUGACAGGGGAUUCUAUUUGUUCAUGUUCAGUUCAAUUUAUCGGCCUGUUUGCGGCCGAGAUGUCACGAAGCUGAGCCUGAGGCUGUUUGCCUCUUUUCUAUGCUUUUGUUUCGUCUUUUUAUGGCAUGGAAUCAACAAAACGAUAUUCAUAUGGUCUGUACUUAACUUUGUCGGUGUCGCUCUUGAAGCCGUCGGACGAAUCGCUGCCAAGACGCGGGCCUACGGACGUUUUGAAUCGUCGAUUGACCCGAGGAACAUGAGACGGCUCAAAGCGGUGGUGUGCACGCCCCUCUGGAUUAUGGCUGUCGUAUCGAAUUUCGUCUUUUUCGGUGGACACGAACUAGGACAGGUGUACAUCGAGCAAGUUGUGGGUGGUGAUUUUAAAGUAUUGUUUUCGCUCUUUUCAAUGGGAUACUUUAUGUGCCAAGUGUCGAUGGAGGCAUCUUUAUACAAAAAAGAUUGUAUUAAAAAUGUUAAUGAACAAUUAUGACUUGAAAUGAGAUAUCUUUUGUUUGACUUAAAAAAUCAUUAUACCUGGAUCAAAGAGAAAUCAUAAAUUAUUAUUCUUAAUCCACUGUCUUAGAAUACUUAAUAAUAAAAUUGUAUAGGCAUUUAAUAUGUGAUUUAGUUGUAAUAAGCUCAUGACAUUGUAAGCACCCAAAGCAUUAUUUGAAAUUUUGUCAAUUAAAUUAUAUAAUACUUCAAAUAUUAUGGGCUAACAUAUUUAUUUUCAUAGAUUCAUUCUACAUUUCUAAGCCGCAUAACUUUUCCAGUUCAGAGAAAAAAAAUCUGAAAAUUUUUAUUUUACUAAAAUACAAAUGAGUUAUUUAUUAAAUAUGUUAAUUUAAACUAAUUUACUAGCUAAGAAACAUUGAAAAGCAUCUCAGAAUGUGAUGAAAGUGUGUGACAAUAAUUAUAGAUGUAAAUUUUUAUAAAUGGACUCCAAAAUUGAGUGUAUUUCAUGUCAUUUAGGUUUAAUUGUUAAGGUUAGAUGUUAUCUCUGCUCAAAACUGUGUUAAAUUAUUAUUUUGAAUUAAUUUA